UUUUUUCGCAUCACUAACCCCACCACUUUCGGGUCUCUACCACCCGCCAUCUUUUUUGUUUUCAAUUAAAAUAUAUACACUAUUAUUAUGUAAAAUACAAUCUUGAAUUACUAAUUGUUAUAAAAUAAGUACUUAAUAGCUUUACUACAAAUAAAUCUUCACUUUUUUUAUAAGUUUCUAGUAUAUUUAGUAAUAGUACAAUGACUGAUGAAGAGUAUAAUCAACAGAAGCCCGCUAAAACUAGCAAGCAGCAUAACGUAUUACCAAUAUGGGGUAAUGAACAAACUAUGAAUCUGAACCCUUUAAUAUUAGCAAAUAUUCAAGGUUCUAGCUACUUCAAAGUGCAUCUGUUCAAGUUGAAGACAUACCAUGAAGUAGUGGACGAGAUCUACUAUCAAGUAAAGCACUUAGAGCCGUGGGAACGUGGCAGUCGCAAGACGGCCGGCCAAACUGGCAUGUGUGGCGGCGUGCGAGGUGUUGGCGCUGGUGGCAUUGUGUCAACAGCAUUCUGCCUGCUCUACAAGCUGUACACACUGAGACUGACUCGCAAGCAGGUCAAUGGUCUUCUGCAGCACACUGACUCGCCAUACAUAAGAGCUCUUGGUUUCAUGUACAUUCGGUACACGCAGCCCCCAGCAGAUCUGUUCGACUGGUACUGUGAAUACUUGGAAGACGACGAAGAGGUGGAUCCGCGCGCCGGUGGAGGCGGCACCACCACCAUCGGUACACUGGUCCGACAGAUGCUGAUCAAACUCGACUGGUUCAGCACUCUCUUCCCAAGAAUCCCUGUACCUAUUCAGAAACAGAUCGAACAAAGAUUAGCUGAGCACACGAGACAAACUGCGGCGUCGAAGCCACCACCGAACUUCCGCGGCGGCGGAGGCGGCGGCAGCGGCGGAUUAAGCAGUGGCGGAUACAAUCCUGGCAGGAUGGACACUGACCGCCGCGAACACGAUGACAGGGAUAGACGUGACUACGGCGAGGUGGAUAGAUACUCAAAAGACAAAUCAAAACGAGACGAUAGGGAGAGAGACAGAGAACGAGAUCGCGACAGAGAUAGAGACCGCGAGCGCGACAGACGCGAACGCGACAGAGAUCGCGAUCGAGACCGUGAACGCCGUGACCGCUACAGAGAUCGCUCCCGGUCAAAAGAACGUCAUCGCCGAUCGCCGAAGGACCGCCGCUAUAGAUAAUGAAACGCUAUUUUGUAACUGUUGAAACAAUGAUUAUUAUUUGCCUGACAAUUGCAAUAAAUAAGUAAUGACUAAUGUUAAUGUUUAGUUUAUUUUUUAUCAACAAUGACUGUCUAUGUGGGUUCCUAUUUCAGCCAUAAAGUAGCGUAAAA